AUGGAUUUCGGUUGCUUCCAGCCCCACGCAGGGAGCUGCGAUGACAUGCCGCUUGAUUUCCAUGUGCAGCAGAGUGCCCACUAUGAUCUCCACUCCCUUGAUCGUUCGUUCGAACCUGUCGGUGGAUCGAUCGGCCCCUUUGCGGCCUUCUAUCCUGACUACUACCAGUACCCACAAGGCGUGACGACGAAAGCUGUCAUCAGUGGGGACUCUUCAUCAUCAAUCGUUCAUAGUUCUGGACCUCACCUGCCUCUGCUGACACCAAAACUUGAGGUUUCACAACUCAUGGGAGGCGGCCUUGGAUCAUACAAGACCUAUGAGAUGAGCCGCAGGUUUUUCCCAAGAAAGAAGGCCUCCAGUAAGGCUCUCAAGAGGGCUAAUGUUGUCAAAGGGCAAUGGACACUGGAAGAAGACAGGAAGUUGGUGAAGUUAGUGGAGCAGUUUGGAUUGAGGAAGUGGUCUCAGAUAGCGCAAAUGUUGCCUGGAAGAGUUGGAAAGCAAUGCAGAGAAAGAUGGCACAACCAUUUGAGACCUAACAUCAAGAAAGAUACAUGGAGUGAGGAGGAAGACAUGGUUCUAAUACAAACACACAAGGAGGUUGGCAACAAAUGGGCAGAGAUAGCUAAGCGCCUCCCUGGGAGAACUGAAAACUCCAUAAAAAAUCAUUGGAAUGCAACCAAGAGAAGGCAGUUUGCACGGAGGCGGACCCGCACAAGCGCCAAGAAUAUCAAAUCUGGGACCCUUCUGCAGAACUACAUCAAAAGCCUUGGAAUUGGCUCUAGCAAGGUCACUGCUGCUCCUCUAGCCCCAAAAGAACCUCCACUGUCACCAUCUUCACCAGCACCCCCAACACAAAAUCUGGCACAGGUGAAUGACAGUUGGUCAGAAUCCAACCCAUCCAACACAAUGAUCACCCAGGGACUAUUCAGCACAGAUGACAGAGAGGCUGACUCUUGUGAAGAAGUUCUAGUCCCUACAUGUGAUGAUUUUUCUGUUGACAUGUGUGAUGGUUUAUUUGACACAAAGGAGGAUGCGCAAUACCCGGUUUACAGCAUAGAUGAUGAUGUUGACAUGGACUAUAUCUUCAACCAUAUGGACUACACUAUUAAGAUUGACCAUGAGAUAGAUAUGGAGAUGGCGUGGUGUGAUGACGCACUCACAAACAUUGAAUCUGGAUCAUCGCUAUUGGUGACAGCGGUAGGUCCAACAGAAAUCAAGACUGUCCAGGUGAAGGAGGAGAUGGAUCUAGUUGAGCUGGUCACACGUACACAGACUUGA